AUGAGGGACGCGGCGGACAAGGCGGUGGAGCUGGCGUCGGCGGGGGUGCAGAGGUGCCAGGAGGCGGGGGACAAGCGGGAGGAGGUCUGCGCGCUGGUGACGCUGGCGCACGCGCGCACGUGCGCGGGGGACGCCGGCCAGGCGACCGCGGCGUACGACGAGGCGCUGGCGCUCUGCCAGGAGCUCGAGGACGGGAGCUGGGCGGCGCUGGUGCGGCUGACGCUGGCCCAGGCGCUGCUGGCGGCCGGCGACGCGGCGGGCGCGGAGCAGACCUUGCAGGAGGCCGAGGCGUGGUUCGCCCAGGACGGCGACAGCCUCCACGAGGCCGUGGCGGUGACCCUGAUGUCCAGCCUGCUGCUGGAGAGGGGCGACUACGACAGGGCCAGGCAGGCGGCGGAGCGCGGGCAGGAGCUCUUCCGCGAGGAGCACGACACGGCGCAGGAGCUGGUGGCGCAGCUCCAGGCCGCCGCCUGCAGCUUCCUGAAGGGAGACAUGGCGGGCGCGCUGGCGGAGAUCGAGGACGUCGUGGAGGCCAGCAGGGAGGUGGGUUUCGGGAGGGGCGAGAUCGCCGCCCUGAGCCUCGCGAUCGACGUCCACAGGGCCUCUGGCGACGCCGACAGGGCGCUGCAAGCCGCGAGGGACAUGCGCAAGGCCGCCCAGGAGGCCGGCAGCCGCAAGCUGGAGACCAACGCGCUCUACCACAUCGCGCGCCUCCACAUUGACAGGGGCCAGGGCGAGGCCAAGCUGGCCGCCAAG